ACCUAACUGUCAAACGUAGGUAUCGAACGCUUCGUUUCGUAGCCGCCGUGUCGCGACUCGCGAUCUUGCUCAAAGUGUGUUUAUGAAUUUUAUUGAGCAUUGUUGUGUUCGCUUCUUGUCGGCUUCGUGUUCAUAAUGGCACAAUGAAAACGAAUCCUGUAUGUGUUGAGUGAUUAAAUAACAAUGUGCUUCGUUGCCGAUCUGAGUGCUGUGUUGUGAAUACUUUGUGUCUUAGUGCCGAUCUAAAAUGACCGAGAAGAAUAAAUCGGAAAAGAUGACUAAUGCAUCAAAACCAGUUCCCAUGAAACUUUUUGCUGCCUGGGAAGUGGACAGGACGCCUUCCAACUGUAUUCCCAGACUAUGCACUCUCAGGGUGACGCGGCUCCGCGUGUGCGGCGCGCUGGGCGAGGCCGGUGGCGGCGCAGCAGGCGGCGCGGGCGCAGGCGCGGUCAUCCUCGCCGCUCGCAUGCACAGCAGCAAACGCACGCUCCGCUCCAACGACAUCGCCAUACCGCCUCUAGACGUCGAGCUAGAUCUGUGCUUCUCACUUCAGUACCCGCAUUUCGUCAAACGAGACGGGAACAGAUUGCAGAUCAUGCUGCAGAGGCGCAAGAAGUACAAGAGUCGCACCAUCCUCGGGUACAAGACCUUGGCCGAAGGCGUCAUCAGAAUGGACCAGGUCCUACAAAGGUCUAUGGACAUGGAGUUGGAGCUGACCGGAGUUGGCGGGAAAGUUGGCGCGGCUGCUGGUCAGCCCAUGGCAAGGCUAUCCAUCACCGGCCUGGCCUCCACCCCAGUAGACCAUGACACGAAGAACAACAACACGUUGCUCAUUACUGAACGAGGCUACUCAGACGAAGAAGAAGAGGGGGAGUUUAGCUCAGUGGAAGAAGCUGAUGACAUGACGUAUGGUGCGCAGGCGCGGCGGCGGGCGCACAGGCAACUGGCCUUCAAUAAGGAAGACCUGUCGUAUACCAAGCAACGCAAUCUGAAACAGAAGUUCGCGGCGCUGUUGAGACGGUUCAAGGUCCCGGAGGAGCUGUCGGAGCGAGGGGCGACCAGGGACACGCAUCAUGCCCAGAGGGAUAUAGACGAACUGUUCCAGGAACUAGAUUCCCUAUCGUGCGGCGAGGGCGAGGACUCCGGGCCCGACCAGAUGGACACCAUCAGCAUUGGCUCCACACCCAAACCUUCCUUAAGGCCUUUCUUUAGCAGUUCCAGGAGUCUGGCCAAUCAGGAGCAUCAUAGGCAUUCCAACGUGGCCCGGCACGCGAGUAUCGCGACGGCGGGCGAACUGGCGUCCGUACGGGAGCGGCACAUCGGCACCGUACCGCUGACAGAGUCAGAGACAAUCCGUAGUUCUGCGGGCGACGAGAGGGGGAGCGAAGGGAAUAGUGACGGUGACGCCACAGCAGACGCACCUGUCUCUGGGGCUUCGGUCUCCAGUUCACCACCGAACGAAUCCAAGGUUUCUACGGAGGACAAGCGUUCGAGGCUGUUCCGUAGCGCUACCAGCGGGGGUAACUUGACCCCCGCGUCGGCCGGUCGCAAAAAGAACUCGCUGAGCAUCGGCGGUGAUCGACCAUUGUCGGCUCACGAGUUACCCGCACAGAGUCCGACUACACUGGAGCCCCGUCGCACCUUAACCGAACAAGCCCACCGAUUGCUGGGCGAGCUGGGCGAGGAGACGCCGGUGCCGGAGCUGGUGGGCGUGUGCCCGGCGGGGCCGGCGGCGGCCGCGCUGGCCGCGCUGGCGGUGCCCGCGCUGGUGGUGCCGCCGCCGCACGCGCCCGACGCCCGGCCGCUGUUGCACGCGCUACUGGCGAGGAUCAAUAAACCUGGCGCGCGUCGCUCCGUUGUACGCGUGGUGGUCUGCGGCGGCGACGUGGCCGCUGCGUGCGCGUUACGAGCUCACGCGGACUUAGCGGCGAGGAGGCCGCACGACGCCGCGCUGCUGAGAUACUACUUUGUGCCGCUUGGUCCAAGCACAGUAUGCCGUUACCUGAGCGCUGGAGACUUCGGGUACUUGGGCCUUUUCUGCACAGACACGUGGGCGGCGCUGUGCGAGCGAGCGGCCGACAACGGCAUUGUCGAGAUCCAGGAAAUGUCCGCGAGAAUCGCCAGGUUCCUUAACAGCAAGGGACCAGUAUACAACGUGCCAAUAGGAGAAGCUAUGGUGGCCUGUCGAGACAAAGCUGGAGAUGAAGACGCCAGUCAAACAUUCGUGCCAUUCAUUGCGGAGGUGCGCGUGGGCUGCAGCGACGGCGGGCCGUCGUCGCUGGAGCUGGAGGAGGGCGGGUCGCCGCCCGCGCGCCCGUCGCCGCCCGCCACGCCCGCGCUCGAGCCCGCGCCGCCCGCGCUCGACCCGCUCGACCUGCAGCUCGACUACUGGCUGGUCCCGGGACGAACGACAGAUGGCGCUGACAGCAAAGUGACGGUGAAAGCAAUGUUCCGCGCGCUACACGUCACCAGACAGAACACUCAUCUAUCUAUUUCAUAUCUCACCAAGGAGAAGAAGCAGAAGAUAAUGCGACUGGGUAAGAAGAAGGAGAAGCCCGGCGAGGCGGAGGUGGGCCGCGCUCAGACCGUGGAAGGUGUCUCUAGGCUCAUAUGCUCGGCCAAGGGAUCUCACAACGUGCCGUUGAAAGUAUACAUUGACGGCACGGAAUGGACCGGCGUGAAAUUCUUCCAAGUGUCAACGCAAUGGCAGACGCACGUCAAAACGUUCCCGGUGGCCACCACCGGGGUACCAAUGAUGCCGCCGGAGACCUAAACCACCAAACAAAAACCCUGGUAUCGUCGCUUUGGCUUCCCGCUUGGGACUUUCGGCUUCGUUCAGCUAUUUUCGAACCCCGUUCGGGUAUUUCCGCCCGUCGUUCGGGUAUCUUCGCCACUCGUUCGGGUUUCUCCGCUACCCGAACGGUCAUACUCGGGAAACGAAGUAUUAAAAUACUCUUUUGACAUAAAACGAUGUCUAAAGUUAUUACUGUUUAUCUAUUAACGCUUGCUUAGAUUCUUAGUGAAUUUGCGAAGGUUAAAUCAGUGAAAGUGUAUUAUUUUGUCAUUAAUUAAUCAAAUGAUAGGUAAUUUUGAAAAUUAUAAAUUCUGCAUGUCAUUCAUUGCCUGUGUAUUUUAUAUAAAAAAAAUAUCCUGAAUCUUUCUAUAUCAAAAUAUGCGAUCCCAACGGUUUUGAGGUUAUAAAUUGGACUUUAGAAUUCCAAAUACGUAUUACCUAGGUCUUAGAUAAGAAGUAUUUAACUUUAGUUGUCGUUUUGAAGGCAAAGCCGUCUAAAUUCGCUCGAUUACAUCGGCAAUUCGUCGAUUCCAUGUUUAUUUAUCGAUAAAUCUAUCGAGCUGCCAUGAUUUUUUAGCGCGUAGUACAAGCUUUUGUUAUGUAUUUUGAAUUUUAAUGCGAACGGUUUAACGUUGAAAAUUGUUCGGUAGUUAGUAAUGCAUGCUAUGUGGUGUAGUAUUCGUAUUCAAGUUACAUAAUAAAGGCUCAAUAACCAUGGUAACUAUCCAUUAUAGUCAUUCAUAGUAUGUAGUUUAUAUAUUUAAUAUUGUAUAACAGUAGGUAUGCGUGUACUCGACUUGUAUCGAAAAAUAAUGGUUCGUGACAUUUCCAAUAUGUAGGUUAGGUUAUUUGGUAAUGAAACCGAAUUCCGGAGUGUGCACAGCCACAAAGAUAUAUUAAAAGUGAAUAUACAUUUGUAAAUUGUCCGUAUGUCGUCGAGUAUGAGAUGAUAAAUUCAGCGUGUGCGGAAUAUUCAGAAAGUCAUGCGAGUUUGUUGAAGUGAGUCGUGAUUUUGUGAUUCAAAAUAAGAAUAUGAUAAAUGUAUAUAUCUUUGUGGCUGUAUCUCCGGCACAUAUCAGAUGGGUUCGUGCUGGUUGGCGCGAUUUUUUUUUAUAUCUGUGAUUCGCGAAUGCAGUUUUUUUUUUAUUAAUAAGACAACGGAUUGUCGCAGUCAUUUUUGUAUUUUUUAUAAGCAACUGAAGUACUACAUUAGCGAUUGUUAUUAAUUUUAUACGCGUAGGAGUAUCCACUUCUCGUUUCGCUGUUGUGUAUAGUAAAACCAAUAUCUUCCUGACCGACUACCGAUUUUGUCUUCUUUCUAGACUUUUUGCUUUGAAAAUAGAAUAUUCCGAGCCAACUUUUGUAAAUUUCUCUGCGUCUGCUCGUACUAAAUUAAGAUAUACAUAAUUUAGUCACUGUUGCCAAAAUAAUAAUAAAAAUGCGGCCAAAGCUUGUCAAUAUUUUAGAAUUACUUUUACCAAGUUUAGCUGUAAAAGCUGAAGUAAACUUACGCCAUUAAAGACGUAAGUAGUAUGCAACACUUCACUAUACACAGCUUUAAUCUCGCCAAACGUAUCUAUUAUAGGCGUUUCAAAAGAAGAUUUUUAU